AUGGCUUCGAAUGUGCCGCAAGCCAUGAAGAGAUCAGACUCGAUAGCUGACAGCAUGCCCGAGGCCUUGAGACAAAGCCGUUACCACAUGAAAAGGUGCUUUGCAAAGUAUCUCGAAAAAGGUAAAAGGUUAAUGAAGGUUCACGAUUUGAUGUCCGAAAUGGAGCAAGUCAUAGACGAUAAGGACGAAAGGACUCGGUUAUUAGAAGGCUUGCUCGGGUAUAUCUUGUGCACGACUCAGGAAGCAGCAAUUGUUCCUCCACAUGUUGCGUUUGCCGUAAGACCGUCUCCUGGAUUUUGGGAGUACGUCAAAGUUGGCGCGAAUGAUUUGUCGGUCGAGGGCCUCACGCAAAAAGAGUACUUGAAAUAUAAAGAGAUGACAGUCGAUGAGAAAUGGGCAAAUGAUGAAAAUGCAUUGGAAAUCGAUUUUGGAGCAAUGGACUUCACUCUGCCUCGGCUCACUUUAUCUUCCUCGAUUGGGAAUGGAGUUAGCUACAUUACCAAGUUUAAAGAGUGGGGAUUUGAGAAAGGAUGGGGUGAUAAUGCCGAAAGAGUUCGAGACACAAUGCACAUGCUUUCGGAAAUAUUGCAAGCUCCUGAUCCUACCAAUAUCGACAGUUUUUUCGAGAGGCUUCCAAUAAUUUUCAACGUCGUGCUUUUUUCUGUGCAUGGAUUUUUCGGGCAGUCGAAUGUUCUCGGCUUGCCAGAUACCGGUGGCCAGGUCACUCGGCUCAUUCCCGAUGCAAAGGGGAAUAAGUGUGACGUUGAGUUAGAGCCGGUUAUGAACACUAAGCACUCACAUAUACUGAGAGUGCCGUUCAGAACAGAAAAUGAAGUUGUUGUUCGGCAGUGGAUCUCACGGUUCGAUAUAUAUCCAUAUCUUGAGAAGUAUACUCAGGAUGUUUGUAGUAAAAUCAUGGAAAUCAUGGAAGGAAAGCCUGACUUGAUUAUCGGCAACUAUACGGAUGGAAACCUCGUGGCUUCGCUUAUGGCUAGUAAACUCGACACGACUUUGGGAACAAUCGCACAUGCAUUGGAGAAGACAAAGUACGAAGAUUCGGACAUGAAAUGGAAGGAGUUGGACCAUAAGUACCACUUUUCGUGCCAGUUCACGGCCGAUUUAAUCGCGAUGAACACAGCCGAUUUCAUCAUCACAAGCACGUACCAAGAAAUUGCCGGCAGCCGAGAAAGGCCGGGGCAAUAUGAAAGCCACACAAUAUUCACACUUCCCGGGCUUUACCGAGUCGUGUCGGGAAUAAACGUGUUCGACCCGAAAUUCAACAUAGCUUCACCAGGUGCAGACCAAACCGUGUACUUCCCUUACUCGGACAAGCAGAAUCGCUUCACAAACUUCCGUCCUGCAAUCGAACAACUCCUCUUUAGCCGAGUUGAAAACGACGACCACAUUGGAUACCUAGAUGACAAGAAGAAACCCAUCAUUUUCUCAAUGGCUCGGCUCGACACGGUAAAAAACAUAACCGGCCUACUCGACUGGUUCGGCAAGAACAAGAGACUCCGAAGCCUCGUCAACCUCAUCAUAGUCGGAGGCUUCUUCGACCCCACUAAAUCCAACGACCGAGAAGAAGCUUCCGAGAUCAAGAAAAUGCAUGCGCUAAUCGAGAGCCACAAACUCAAGGGACAAACGAGAUGGAUAUCGGCCCAAACCGACAAAAAAAGGAACGGCGAGCUUUACCGCACCAUAGCCGAUACAAAGGGAGCCUUCGUUCAACCGGCACUUUACGAAGCGUUCGGUUUAACGGUUAUCGAGGCAAUGAACUGUGGUUUGCCGACUUUCGCGACUAAUCAAGGUGGGCCUGCCGAGAUUAUUGUCGAUGGGGUCUCGGGAUUUCAUAUCGACCCCAACAAUGGGGAUGAGUCGAGCGAAAAGAUUGCCGAUUUUUUUCAGAAGUGUAAGGAAGAUGAGGGUUAUUGGGGCAGGGUAUCGAUGCAGGGGAUUCAACGUAUACAAGAAUGCUAUACGUGGAAGAUAUACGCGAACAAAGUUUUGAAAAUGGGGUGCGUAUAUAGUUUUUGGAGGAGAUUGUACAAUGCAGAGAGGAAGGCUAAGGGAAGAUAUAUUCAGACAUUUUACAAUCUUCAAUUCAAGAGCUUGGUGAAGGAUAUGCCAGUUAAGAUAGAAGAAAGUCCUCCCAAACAGGAAACAAAGGAGAAACCUAAGCCACAAGUCACAAAAAGGCGCUCGUCAUCAACAUUGCAGAGGUUGUUUGGAGCUUGAAGAAUAAUUUCCAAAUGCUGGGAGAUUGGCCAAAACAAAAUUGUGGAGCACUAAAAGACCGAUACCUUUUGAUUGUACAUUCCUGCACAAGAAUUAAUGCAAACGCAUGAAAGAUGGGGAUUGUUAUGUAAAUAUAUGAAUAUUUUUUAACUUUAAUAAAAUUUAUAAAAAAAAAAAAAA